AUUUGGAGUUAACAUGAGUUUCUCUGGGUUAUUUGAUAUGAGGAGUUGAAAAGGCUCAGAGUCUCGGCAUAAUUCGAUAACCCGAUUUUCUGAAACCUUGCUAACCUAAGUAAAUUGACGACUGAGCCUCAACAUGCAUACAGACUCUUGGUACCUCCACUUCAAGUCGUCCAAUGGCAUAGCCCAGCAAUUCCCGCGGAAAUAUCUUGGCCCCAGUUAGUUGCUAGUUGCUAUUUUACACUCCUUACACAUAUAUCUUCUGGGUCGUCCUUGUCGUCGUCGUCAUGGGCUACAGGCCGUCCAUCGUCCCCGUUGCUCCGUCCUAAAAACCCCACUGGCUUAUAUACAAGAUGGCUGACCUCACUAUUCGCAACCUCACCGCUACUCCACUCGAGCUGAAGGUGGUGGAGCGGUUCGAGGGACAUCCGGUCUCGAGCAAAGGUACUUCGCAAGGCAACUUCACGAGUAGGAUCACGGGUAUCUUCAACUCAUCAUCGGUUGCCCCCCAUGUGCAGCCCCAGGGCGACGUCCGGGAUCGAAAAGAGGUCAUGAUCCCCAUUGGAAAGUUUGAAACCCGCGAGACCGACAUACGCGCAGCGGACCCGGGCCGGGAAGUUCUUAGAUUGACCUUCGAGUCCGAUGGUCACCGGUACCAAAUCGAUGCGCCGAGCUCUUCUCCGCGGUGCAGUGUCGCCAAGAAGCUGGACGAUGGGCCCAAUGAGUACACGUGCGUGUACGUGCAGUCGGGCAGCUGUCUCGCCAUCUUCAGCUCCGCCCAUCUAUCCAGCUGGAUGAACCAGCUGCACAGCGAUUACCCGCUCACAGCCCUGUCCAUUCCAGGAACGCACAACAGCCCAACUUGUCACGUUGCCCUUCCCUCAGUGCGAUGCCAGGCCGUCAACGUGCGAGAGCAGCUCGACAACGGCGUGCGUUUCUUCGACAUCCGGGUGUCAGUUAACAUCGACAACUCGGACCUGAGUCUAGUCCACAGCGCGUUCCCCAUCUCACUGACGGGCAACAAGUACUUUCACGAUAUGCUCAAGGACGUCUACGCCUUCUUGGAUGCCAAUAAAUCCGAGACGCUCAUCAUGAGUGUCAAGCGGGAGGGCACAGGCAGAGGUACCGAUCACCACCUCUCUAAAUACCUCAAGGAGCGGUACUGCAACGACGGUACCAAGUGGUUUACCAAAUCGUAUAUUCCUAAACUCGGCGAGGUCCGAGGCAAAAUCGUGCUCCUGCGCCGGUACGCCAACGAUCCCGUUCUGGACGGCGAAAACGGUGGCACGGGCUUUGGUCUGGAUUGCAGCCAGUGGCCUGACAACUGCGCCGACGAGAUGACGGGGAGCGGCAUCGCGCGCGUCCAGGACUUCUACGACGUGGACCAGAGCCAUAAUGUGCAGAAGAAGAUUGAUCUUGUGCGGGGCCAUCUGGAGCGCGCCGGUGAGCCGGUAUAUAAUCACCGCGAUGCGCCGCCGGAAUACAAGCCGUUUUUCGUCAACUUUUUGACGGCAAGCAACUUCUUCAACGCCAAUUGUUGGCCUGAGAAGAUCGCUGCGAAGGUUAACCCGGCCAUUAUUGAGUAUCUGUGUUUGCGGCAUGGCGCGAUAGGAAAGGGGCCUGCUGGGCUGGCUAUUGGCGAUGCGCGGACAGGCAUUGUGGUUACGGACUGGGUUGGGCAGGGGGGUGAUUGGGAUUUGAUCAGAUGUGUGGUGGGAUGGAAUGCGAAGUUACAGUUGAAAGCAGUAGUGUGCUUGCGGUAGGGUGUGUGUUUCUAGAGCGGGGGACUACUUGAGAAAAAGAUGGCUGGUGGCACAAUAGGCAACCACUUUUGGAUAACGGCCAAGUUCAGCAAAAGGAUUUGGAAAAGGGGUUCUUGGAUAGGGUUAAGUUACACGGCCAGAACAAGAUUAAUUUGGAGUAUACAAUUAAGACCCCAAGGCGGGUUGACUCUGUCUAGUACGAGAAGGCUAUUUUCGGGGAAACCGCUUUUUGUAUGUUUUAUACAGUGUUACACGGUGCAAAGGGACAUUAGGAACACGGACUUCUUAUUACCGCUGCUUAUGUAGAAAUUUGUCUCCAGACAUGCG